AUGUCUCCCUCGGCUGUUGUGGAACAGAACAACCACGAAACAGACAGCAUUGCUCAAUUGAAGUUGAACAGUGCUGGAAGUGCCGAUGCUGCUGCUGCCCCAGCAUCUCAGCACCGUAACGAGUACGAACAUUUGACCUCCGUUAAGGUCGUUAAACAGAAACCAGUGCAAGAUCGGUUGAAGGAGGACAUCAGGGACCAUUACUCUCCUCACUUGAACGGGCUCGAGGAGUACAAUGUUCAAUACAAACAGUCGAUUGAAAACCCUGCACAGUUCUUCGGGGACAAAGCUCACUCUUUCUUGAACUGGUUUAGAGAUUUCGAUCAAGUGUUCGUCCCAGAUGCACAAACGGGGCAACCAUCAUUCGAAAAUAACGCAUGGUUCUUGAAUGGGCAAUUGAACGCAUGUUACAACUGUGUCGAUAGACACGCGUUAAAGCAUCCAGACAAACCGGCUAUCGUCUACGAAGCGGAUGAACCAGGUCAAUCGUUGACUUUCAGUUACAAAGAAUUGCUUCAAGAAGUUUGUAAAGUCGCUCAAGUUUUGAAAUACUCUAUGGGGGUCAACAAGGGUGACACAGUGGCAGUGUACAUGCCCAUGAUCCCACAGGCUUUGAUCACUCUAUUGGCCAUCGUCCGUAUCGGUGCCAUCCAUUCCGUAAUCUUUGCCGGGUUUUCCUCAAAUUCAUUAAGAGACAGAAUCAACGACGCAGACUCAAAAGUUGUUGUCACGGCAAACGAGUCCCUACGCGGUGGGAAGAUCAUUGAAACGAAGAAGAUUGUCGAUGACGCUUUAAAGGAGGCUCCAGGUGUCAGACACGUCCUUGUUUACAAACGGACAUCUAAUGACCGUGUCAACUUCCAAGCGCCCAGAGACCUUGAUUGGGAACAGGAAUGUAAAAAAUACAAGACGUACUACCCAUGUGAACCAGUGGACUCAGAACACCCUCUGUUCUUACUGUACACCUCAGGAUCCACGGGGACACCAAAGGGUGUCCAACACUCGACGGCAGGGUACUUAUUGAACGCUCUUUUGACCAUGAGAUACACUUUUGACACUCACCAGGAGGAUGUAUUCUUUACAGCAGGUGACAUUGGUUGGAUUACAGGUCACACAUACGUUGUGUAUGGACCCCUGUUGUACGGAUGUACUACUGUUGUCUUUGAGGGAACACCAGCGUACCCAAAUUACUCUCGUUAUUGGGAUAUCAUUGACACUCAUAAAGUAACCCAAUUUUACGUUGCACCAACAGCUUUGCGUCUGUUGAAGAGAGCUGGGGACGAGUUCAUUGAGGGAUAUUCAUUAAAGACCUUAAGAUCUUUGGGAUCUGUCGGCGAACCCAUCGCUGCUGAAGUCUGGGAAUGGUAUUCUGAAAAGAUUGGGAAGAACGAUAUCCCCAUCGUCGAUACGUACUGGCAAACAGAGUCUGGUGCACAUUUAGUCACACCAUUGGCAGGUGGGGUCACCCCAAUGAAACCUGGUUCCGCAUCGUUCCCAUUCUUCGGUAUUGAAACGGUCAUUUUGGACCCCACAACGGGUCAAGAGGUCACUACAGACCACGCAGAAGGUGUACUCGCGAUUAAAAGAGCGUGGCCGUCCUUUGCAAGAACCAUUUGGAAAAACCAUGACAGAUAUAUGGACACGUACUUGAACCCUUACCCAGGGUACUACUUCACCGGUGACGGUGCCGCGAGAGAUAAAGAUGGGUACAUCUGGAUCUUGGGUCGUGUUGACGACGUCGUCAAUGUGUCGGGGCACAGAUUAUCCACGGCUGAAAUCGAAGCCGCUUUGAUUGAGGACUCCAUUGUGGCAGAGACUGCGGUUGUAGGAUUCAAUGAUGACCUCACGGGCCAGGCAGUCGCUGCAUUCGUCGUCUUGAAGAACAAAUCCGCUUGGUCCAACGCUUCCGAGGACGAACUUCAAGAUAUUAAGAAACACUUGAUCCUAACAGUGAGGAAAGACAUCGGACCCUUUGCUGCUCCCAAACUGAUCGUCUUGGUUGACGAUUUGCCAAAGACAAGGUCAGGGAAAAUCAUGAGACGGAUCCUAAGGAAAAUCCUUGCUGGCGAGGCUGACCAACUAGGUGACGUGACGACCUUGUCGAACCCAGGUGUUGUCAAACAUUUAAUCGACUCUGUGAAACUGUAA